AGUUUAAAAUUGUGCAAAAUCAUUGUAUGAAGUACAUUUGAAUUGUAUAGAAUUUAGAAAUUUAAGAUAAGACUACGUUAUCUUGAAGAACAUUGCGACGUGGUGGGGUAAAAAGCAUAUGUAUGUCAAGUUUCUCCAAUGAAUCCGUCACUAGUGUUGAAUAAGUUACUCAGUGUUUGUGAUUUUUUAAAAAAAUAUGCCCGGUGCAAAAAUGAAUGAGGAUCUUCGAAGGGAGCGGGAACGAUGCACUUUUAACCCGCAAGAAUUGACGCAUCUUUUGGAUGGGGGGAAAGAGAAAACGGAAGAAAGGAAACAGAGGGAGAAAUUCUUCCUCGAGGAUCCAGAGCUAAAAUACACCACUCCACCUGAAUAUCUCUCCCAUAAAGAGAAGUAUGAGGAGGGUCUUAAGAAGGCUUGCAUCAUUUUUAAAAAGGUCCAAGAGUUACAAGCUGAAGGUAAAGGCGGAAUGGAAAACUUCAGGGAAAUCCUUGGGGGACAACUUGGAUCUGCUGUUUUAAAAGAUGGAAAUCCCCUAACUUUACAUUACGUUAUGUUUAUCCCUACAUUAAUGGGACAAGGAACCAUCGAACAACAAGCUCAUUGGAUUUCUAGAGCGUGGAAUUUAGAAAUUAUCGGUACUUACGCCCAGACUGAAUUAGGACAUGGUACUUUUAUUCGUGGAUUAGAAACAACAGCAACUUAUGACCCAAAAACAGAAGAAUUUGUUUUAAAUAGUCCAACUUUAACAUCAUACAAAUGGUGGCCUGGAGGAUUGGGUCAUUCCGCAAAUUAUGCUAUAGUGGUAGCUCAACUUUACACAAACGGAAAAUGCCACGGAAUUCACCCCUUCGUUGUUCAAUUACGCGACGAAGAAACCCAUCAGCCACUUCCCGGUAUAAUAAUCGGCGAAAUUGGUUGUAAAUUGGGUAUGAAUGCGACGAAUAACGGUUAUUUAGGGUUUAAAAAUGUGAGAGUUCCUCGCGAACAAAUGUUAAUGAAAAAUAAUAAAGUUAUGCCUGAUGGUUCUUACAUAAAAGCGCCUAGCAGCAAAUUAACUUAUGGCACAAUGAUUUUUGUGAGAGUAGCUAUUGUGCAAGAUGCGGGAAGGUAUUUAAGAAAAGCCGCAACGAUUGCGACUCGUUACAGCGCCGUUCGACAUCAAUCCCAAAUUAAAGAAGGCGCCCCUGAGCCUCAAAUUAUCGAUUUCGUGACGCAACAAUUCAAAAUAUUCCCGCAAUUAGCGUCGGCUUUUGCUUUUCAUUUUGCCGGAUCUUGGCUUUGGGAUAUGUAUAAUAAUGUCACCUCCGAAUUAGAAACGGGAAAAUUAGAUAGACUCCCCGAAUUACAUGCAAUCGCUUGUUGUUUAAAAGCUGUCAGUUCUGCGGAUGCCGCAAAAGGAAUUGAAAUUUUGAGAUUAGCUUGCGGAGGUCAUGGAUAUAUGGCCUGUUCAAAUUUACCGAUUACUUAUGGUUUGGUGACUGCCAUGGAAACUUACGAAGGCGAAAACACUGUAUUAUACCUCCAAACAGCUAGGUUUUUAGUCAAAUCUUGGCAGAGUGCUCAUAAUGGUGGCCAAUUACAACCAACCGUUCAAUAUCUUCGUGAUUUAAUGAAAAACGGAAAUAUUCGGUUUGAAAAAAAUGUACCAUGGGCGAUCCAAGCUUUGAAAAAGGUGGCUUAUGGCAAAAUUGACUUAGCAAUACGUCAUUUGAACGAAAGAACCAAAAAAGGCAUGGAAUAUGAUUACGCUUGGAAUGAAACGUCACUUGAACUUACCGUCGCUUCAGAAGCACAUUGUAGAGCGUUUAUUGUUGAAACUUUCUAUAAUUUAGUUGUUGAGGCCGUUAAAAACACUUCCCCACAGUUAGGAAAAGUUCUUUUGGACCUUUGUGAUUUAUACGCUGUUAAUACACUUUUAAGAAAUUAUGGAGAUUUACUUCGGUUUGCUGGUAUGUCUAGCAGUGAUUUAGAAGUAAUUCAAACUUGGUUGGAAGAACUAUUAAAAACUAUCCGUCCAAAUGCUGUUGGAAUAGUCGAUGGAUUUGAUAUUCAUGACGAUAUUUUAUCAUCGCCUUUAGGUGCUUUUGACGGCAACGUUUACGAGCGACUUUUUGAAGAGGCUCAAAAGAGUCCUUUAAAUAAAGUUCCAGUUAACGAGUCGUUUGCAAAGUACCUCAAACCUUUAUUAAAAAGUAACUUGUAAAAUUAUUUAAUAUUUAUUAGAACAAGUAUGAUGAUGACGUACUGUAAAUAAUACGAUUGUUAUGUUAAAUAAUUGUUAUAAAAUAUAUUUUUUACGUUAUUUAAUA